AAUUUUUAAUAAGAUGAUAAUAAGAAAUAUAAAGUUUUUUUUUUUUUUUUUUAAGAGUUUUAGAAGAAAAUAGCAACCAAUUGGGUGGAAUGGCCCAUUUAUAUUAGGGAACCUUGUGUGAUUUUCACUGAAAUAUUAGAAGAGAAAAAUAUCUCCUUUUUCUAUUCUAAUCCUCACUCACGAAGACUGUUGGUGUUGAUCGAAAGCCGUGCGAGUCUAUAACUUUCAGUUACUUGAAAUUAUUUGAGCAGAUCGGAUUUUUAACAGCACACCUUAUAGGAGACAGGGGUAGCUGCAGCUACUAGCCUUAUAGACGCACCAAGUAAUUUAUUUUCCCUCCUCGCGCCGCUUCACUCUCCAGUACAGCGGCUGGCGCUAAAACACAUGCGUUUGUUUGCCAAACACAAUUAAACCUCAGAGGAAGAAGAUUAGCUUCACCGUGAUCUCUGUUGUUUUGUCGGGAUACUGGUUUAAUACAAGCGGUUAGAAAUGUUGUUUCUGUAAACAGAAAAACACAGUUUUUAAUCAGGUCAGUAAAUAUUUCUUCUGAACUGAGACCUGCUGCUGCGAAGAUGAUGUUUGUUAAAGAGGAGAGUGAAGAGAACACGAGUGAAGUAGAAACCUGGAGAAUAAAACACGAGGAACCAGAAACCUGGAGAAUAAAACACGAGGAACAUGGAGGCCUGAUGAAAGUGAAAGAGGAAAGACAAGAUCUGUAUGAGGAGGAGGAGAAACAUCAGGAUCAGAAAAAUCAUGAUGUCAAUGGAGAAAAAUCAGUGAGUUGCAGCAUUCAAAUAACAGAAAUCAAAAGGCCUUUCAGCUGCUCUCAGUGUGGAAACAGUUACAAACAUAAAAGAAGCCUUAUGAAACACAUGAAAAUUCAUAGUGAGAAAAAGCCUUUCAGCUGCUCUCAGUCUGCAAACACUUUCAAACAGAAAGGAAGCCUUAUGAAACACAUGAAAAUUCAUAGUGGGGAAAAGCCUUUCAGCUGCUCUCAGUGCGGAAAAACUUUCACGUGUAACAAAAAUCUUAAGGAUCACAUGUUAAUUCAUGCUGGAAUAAAGCCUUUCUCCUGCUCUCAGUGUGGAAAGAGUUUUACACAGAAAGUACACCUUAAGAAUCAUUUGGUAGCUCACACUUCAGAAAAGGCUUUCAGCUGCUGUCAGUGUGGAAACACUUUCACACGUAAAGCAAACCUUAAGAAGCACAUGUUAAUUCAUACUGGGAUAAAGCCUUUCACCUGCUCUCAGUGUGGGAAGAGUUUUACACAGAAAGGACACCUUUAUCAUCAUCUGGUAACUCACUCUUCAGAAAAGCCUUUCAGCUGCUCUGAGUGCGGAAAGUCUUUCACACGUAAAGGAUACUUUGAGACUCACAUGUUAAGUCAUACUGGAAUUAAGCCUUUCAGCUGCUCUCAGUGUGGAAAGACUUUCGUGUGUAAAGGAAUCCUGAGGAAUCACAUGUUAAUUCAUACUGGGAUAAAGCCUUUCAGCUGCUCUGAGUGUGGAAAGACUUUUACACAGAAAGGACACCUUAAGGUUCACGUUGCCAACACACAUUUAUGUUCAAACAACAUGUAAAAGUGAUUUUUGCAUAUGAUAACCGAAACGUGUGUCCUGUGUAGUGAUGGAUAUUGUUAAGGUUUUAAAGGUAUUACUGCUCUUACUGAUACAGCUGAUCCAGCUGGUAUUUUAACAGUAUUCUUAUUGGUUCUUUUUGUUAUUUGAAAAGAAAAACAAAACAGACAUUUUGAAGAAAUUAAGAACACAUUCAGGACACUGCUGACAUUUUAAAAUUUCUCAGUCCCUUUGGCCCAAUUCUCAGGAUGUGAACCUUUUUUCUGAAAACUAGUAAACUAUGAAAUAUACUCAGCUCUCUGAAUAAUUAGUUUCUUGUUCACACCAGAUUUGAAUUUCUUAUUAAUUUAAGUAAGUUAUGUUUUGGCAAGUGUGCAAAAGGAUAAGUAUUUUCUAUAAUUUGCACAAUAACUAAAUGAAUUAACUUUCUUCUCAGACAAAUUGUAUUUUUUUUUUUCAUCAUGCGAGUCUUCACAUAACAAAUGAUCCAAAAUCUGUCAAAUGUACUUGUAUACUGAAAUAUCUUCCAAUAUCCACCAAGAUGUAAACUUGUAGCAAUAGUAUUUUUUCUCUCUCUCUCUCUGAUGGAUGUCAUUUUGUGGCCAUUUUCUGUUCACUAUAUGUUUCUUCAUGAAAGAAAUGUGUAAAAGUAGACAUUCAAAUGUGUAUUUUCUGUUUACAUGCAACAUAACUACACAAAUAAAUGUACUGUAUCCGUUCAAAUGUGCAUAUUCUUUCUCUGUGUAUUAUAAUAUUAACUUUUCCCAUUGAAUUUUUACCUACCACUGAAAUCAACUUGCGAAUAAACACAUCCAUGUGCGGCCCAAAUGGGUUCCACCUAGGGCCUGAUCAAUUUUGUCCCAUAAAAGACCACAUCAUCUGCUGAGAACCUGAUAGAUUUAAUCUCCUUUGCUUCCAGUAGUGUACAUUUUCAUUAGUGCUUUUAUCCAAUCAUAUUUUAGCAAUCGUGUUGCCAGGGUCAAAGAAAUCUGCCUAAUGCCUUCAGAAUCAACAGUGCAGGUUAUUUGCAAGACAUAAAGCCAGGUUUAAGUUUUAUACCAAUGUUAUCUGUAAGGUAUAAAUACGUUUGAGUCAAUAAAUGUUUGUUAGAACAGCGGGUGGACUAUAUUUGUGUCAUUUUGUAUGAGGAUUGCACAGCUGUGGUAACUUGUUGAAUUGUUAAUUAGGUUUCUAGCUUUAGUAACAGCAUUCAUUCUUGCUACAUGAGAUACCUGUCUGUGAAGCAGUGCCCUGCAUUUUUGUGUAAUAUUUAUGGUUUCUAUAGCUGUGGCAUCAUUAUGAUCGUAUUAAGAAGUGGGAUUAAUUCAUGUAGGAUGCCACUGAAGGCCUAGGUGUGAAAUGCACGGCCCUCCACUGCAUCUUGGUUAAGUUUAUUAAUGGCAGGGUAACAUCUCAUUCACACUACAAGCAACAAACAGCAACAAAGUGACACGAUCCCAUUCAUUUCAAUGGAGAGCCAGCAUCUUCCGACAGAUGCAGUGAUAUGUGGAUGUCCCUCCACUAGGGCUGUGCAAAAAAUCGAAUACGAUUUUCAUGUGCAUCUCUUCAGUAAAGACGCUCCUGUGAUUAGUAGUAUAUCUCC